ACAGGGCUCAAAGGUGACGCCUUCGCACUCAAUCAGCAAGCCUCUUCUCACGAGCUCUCGCUGUAUGUCCAGCCUCGGAUCUCCACUAGCGUUUUUCAUCUCGAGCCUGCUUCUACUUGUACCUCAAGGGUGCUUCUGUAGUAGUGAAACGGAGUGGGUUAGUCGCAUUGUGGAGUUGUGAGCAAUGGGGAGGGCGUCGGAGAUGGCGGCUGCAGUGCUGCUGGUGGCUAUGGUUCUCGGAGCGUGCUCGCAGGUGAGCAACGCUCUGGUGUGCACCAAGGAGUUCAAGGAGAAAGGCUGCAACAAGACUGUGAGCGAGUUGUUCAACGCGGAGAUGUUCGAGGCCAUGUUUAAGCACCGCAACGACAAGGCUGCCCACGCGCAGGGGUUCUGGAGCUACGACGGCUUUAUCGCUGCAGCUAAGAUGUUCGAGAAGGACGGCUUUGGCAUGGUAGGUGGCGAGGAUGUGCAGAAGCGGGAGCUCUCGGCGUUCUUCGCUCAUGUCGCGCACGAAACCUCGUGUGGAUGGAGUGGAGCUAAGGACGGUCCUACAGCGUGGGGACUGUGCUACAACCAAGAGCUCGCGCCUGAAAAGGAUUACUGCAAGACGGGCGAUUUGAUGUACCCUUGCGCACCGGGUGCUGGUUACUACGGACGUGGAGCGUUUCCCCUCUACUGGAACUACAACUAUGGUCCCACAGGAGUGGCUUUGAAGCAGGACCUGUUACACCACCCUGAAAUUCUCUCCCAGAACGAAACCAUUGCGUGGCAAGCAGCUGUUUGGUACUGGAUGACGCCUGCCAAGACGAGACCAUCUCCUCACGAGAUUAUGAUUGGCAAGUGGGUGCCGACGAAGAAUGACACCCUCGCUUAUCGCAAGCCUGGCUUCGGCAUGACCAUCAAUGUCAAGGCAAGUGAUGUCGAAUGCGGCCACGGCGAAGAUCCUCGCAUGCAGUCACGAAUCUCCCACUACUUGACCUUCCUCAGGGACACCUUCCAGUUGGAUGACCCGGGCUCAAAUCUAGAUUGCGGUCUGCAAGGUGUUAUUCCACUGGCCUAUGCAUCAAUGUAGGUGGAGAUGAAUUGAUGUGUAAUAGAUACUAUGAAGCUGAAUGUCGGAUCUAACUUAUCACCAUUUUGAACUCUUUGCUGGUGAGAUUAUAGUGUAGUGUGAUGGUUCGGUCCCUGUAUCCGUUGUCUUCGCAAUAAACUAACCUCGGUCAGCUUCAAUAUGAGAAUAAGAUAGAUUACGUAUGUUUGCGCAAGGUCAGGAGCAUUGCUGCCUGUGCUGCAUUAUUGUACAAUUGUGCAGACCAUUAAAUCGAGCUGUAUAUUCGCUCUAGAUUAGCUAAUUGUCUAAUAACUGAAUUUGAGUAAAUUUCAUAUGAUUUCUUUGUUAGUCAAUGUAACAUUAUGAAUUGUUUUACAUUUUACUGCAA